UCAUGGAAUCAAUGAUACGAUUCAAGGAUGCCAUUGUCUCUACAACUGGAUGUGCGUUGUGAUGUUCUGACGUCCCGUAGGUAGUGACGUCAGACAGGAACCAGUCGGAGGGAGCUUGACAAAUCAAGAUGGCGUCCCACGCUGAAGCAGGAAAGAGAUUUCACCAUAAAUAAAACUCUUUCUGAGAAUAGUUUACAUUUUAGUGCCAUUCCGACAAGACAUCGUUUGGAUUUCGAACAAACAGGACGGAGCAGAUACAGAGUCUCUAAAUGGCUGCGAGGAAGUCUGGAUCGGAUGCAUACAACAAUGGACCCAUCAGCUACCUUGAUGAAGUUCCCUUCAAGAUCAAUGAUAAAUUCCACUGCCCAGCCAAAGUGGGACUUCCUGUCGGUUUCUGUCUACCAGACUGCAACUCUUUGCUGUUGGACUCGCAGUAUGACUUUUCUCUGGAGAGACUUAGUGUGCGCUGGGGGGUUCAACUGGCAGAGGCCAGAGAAGCAGAAGCCAGAGCAGAAGAGGCCGCAGCCAAGCAGGAGGCAGAGAGCCGAGAGUGCUCGGCACAGGCCCAGGACAUGGAUGCUGGUGGUGGGAAGAAGCUCCGGUCAGCCGCAGACGACCAGGACAUUCUACCGCCAGCGUUGAACCCCGUCCUAGCGGGGCUGAGCCAUAACGCCAUCCUCACUCCAUUGCCCGCACCAAGCCUUGGCCCCAGGAAAAUCCAGCCCAGCACACCCCAGCUGCACAGCCUCAACCUAGCUGACUUUGAACGGGAAGAGGACCCCUUUGACAAGCUGGAGCUCAAAACUUUGGACGAUAGGGAGGAGCUCAGGAACAUUCUCCAGAGCCAGCCCCAACCCCAACCCCAACCCCAAGCCCAACCUCAACCUCAACCUCAACCUCAAUCCCCUCCCUCCGUAUCCCCGCCUGAGGUGCCCCCGACGGGCUCAGGGUCGCGUGGAAACAGCCCGUCUCCUCCCAGCAUCAACACCAGCCUAGCGACCAAAUCUGGCUUUUCCCAUAAACCCAAUGGGUUGAUUUCCUUGCUAGACAUGGACAGAGUUGGGCACCCUGGUAGAACGGGGAUCGACACUGACGACCGUCCCUGUAACAUCCGCUCUCUCACUUUCCCCAAGCUCUCUGACUCUGUUGACCCAGAGCCAGUGAGGUACAGCCCACUCCCUGCUCCCCGACAGCUAACCAAUGGCAGCCCACCGGCCACACCCAAGACCCAAGUUAUUGUUGGCCCCGAGCCAACCAGCCACCCUAAGGGCAGCGCACCAAAACCGGCCAACCCUGGGUCCGGGUCUGCUGGUCUGCCUUGUGGUGGAGCGCUGCUCAGCAUGACCCCCAGCGAGCGGCAGUGUGCAGAGACCCUUGUAGGCAUGGGCUACUCUUAUGAAGGUGUUCUGCGGGCCAUGCAGAGACAAGGCCAGAAUGUGGAACAGGUGCUGGACUACCUGUUUGUCCAUGGGCGUCUGUGUGAGCGGGGCUUCGAUGCAAUUGCAGUGGAGGAAUGUUUAGAGAUGUACCAAUGCUCAGAGGAGAAGGCUUUGCAGUUCCUUGAGCUAAUGUCAAGAUUUGGCGAAAUGGGAUUUCAGCGGGACGCCAUCAAAGAGGUGCUGCUGGUCCACAACAACGAUCAGGACAAGGCCCUAGAGGACCUGAUGGCUCGGGCAGCAGCGAGCUGAACAAAUCGAACCAGCCAACCAGAGCCCAAACACAGCCCCUUUCCUUCUGACCACCCUAUUACACCAUGCCCUGCCCUCGCCUCGGCUGUGGAAGGGACCGCUGGGAGAAGCUUAUAUUUCGCUUUGUGCUAAAACGUAUCACGUCCCAGCACUUCUUUAAGACUGUGUGCCCACAGUCGAGUGGGUAAAAGGCUAACAAUCUGGUGGCUGUGGGUUAUUUUUCCAAAGAAAUUCUGGUGUUAGUGUCCAGGAUCUCUUUUUUUUCUACUGCAAAGGUGUACGAGAAUGAGAAGAAUGACUGAGCUGGGAUGGAGAAACUGGAUAAAAAGCCGUUCCGAUUGGCUUCCUCUGGGAAAUUCACCUGCAGGACCCGAACAAGGAGCUGGUGACAUCACAGAAAGACCAAUUUGAACUCCUGAGACUCCCAAAUGACUAAGCGGCCAUCUUCUACUGCUCCGUGCCAACCUAGUUAAUGGCGGUGAGGAUCGGGGGCUUGAUGAGGCUCUCUUUAAACUGAACCAACAAAAAUUAAAAGUACAAAAAAAAAAAAAA